CAUGGCCUGGGUCAGUAAUUUCUCUUGGUUAAACCACCUUGCUCUACAUGAAGAACGUCUCAGGGGGUACUUAAACAGCACUGAGGAUUAUUUAACCUUCCUGUGUGGGCCCAGGAGGAGCCACCUAUUCCUGCCCAUGGCUUUGGUGUACUCCGUGAUCUUCAUUGUCGGGGUGGUGGGGAACUUCUUGGUUUGCCUCGUAAUCCUCAAGCACCGGAACAUGAAGACCCCGACCAACUAUUACCUGUUCAGCCUGGCAGUCUCGGACCUGCUCGUGCUGCUCUUUGGGAUGCCCCUGGAAGUCUACGAGAUGUGGAGCAAUUACCCCUUCCUGUUGGGGCGCGUGGGCUGCUACCUGAAGACGGCGCUCUUCGAGACCGUGUGCUUUGCCUCCAUCCUCAGCGUGACCACGCUCAGCGUGGAGAGGUACAUCGCCAUCCUGCACCCCUUCCGCGCCAAGCUGGAGAGCACCCGCCGGCGCGCCCUCAGGACCAUCGUGGCUCUCUGGGUGCUCUCCGUGCUCUUCGCCCUCCCCAACACGGGCACCCACGGCAUCGUGCUGCAGCACUUCCCCAAUGGCACCCUGGUCCCCGGCUCUGCCACCUGCACUGUGGUCAUGCCCCUCUGGAUCUACAACUGUAUUGUCCAGAUCACCUCUUUCCUCUUCUAUGUGCUGCCCAUGGGGGUGAUAAGUGUGCUGUACUAUCUGAUGGGGCUAAGAUUGAAAGGAGAUGAAUCUCUGGAAGUGGAGGAAAUGGCUGUGAAUGUUCAGAGACCAUCCAGGAAAUCAGUCACCAAGAUGCUGUUUGUCCUUGUGAUAGUUUUUGCCAUUUGCUGGGCUCCAUUCCAUAUAGACCGGCUUUUCUUCAGCUUUGUUGUGGAAUGGACUGAGCCUUUGGCCAAUACGUUCAACUUAAUUCAUGUGGUGUCAGGUGUUUUCUUCUACUUGAGCUCUGCCACAAACCCCAUAAUUUACAACCUGUUGUCCCAGCGCUUCAGGAUGGCUUUUCUCAGUGUGAUUUCUCCUUGCUGCAAGCACUGUGCCCCUAAACAUCCCACUCGCAAGAUUUCAUCCCAGAAGAGCAUGUUUGUGAUUGAGAAUCACAAUCUCAUGGACUCUGCUGAAAACACAAGUCUCCCUGGCACACACAGGACAUCUGUCAGCAGCUCUCAGCUCUCCACUGGCCUGUGACUUUCCAUGUUGUGAACCAGGCGAGAGAGAAGGUUAAGAAAAUUACUUUGAGAAACUAAACUAGAAGAGACCUUCCUAAAAGACUGAUUUCAGCGAGCUCAGGAGGUGUCCCAUUGAAUGGAUGAUGGCAAGACUGUAUUUAGGAUGUGUUAGGGAAGCCCUGUAUUACCCCCAAGCUGAUGCGAGGGCUGGAAAUCUGAGUUUGUUCACUGCAGGCUGUGCCAGCAAAGAGCUGCUUUAAAAGGUGAGAAACUCCCAGUGUUGCCAGCAUGGGGGAGAGAAUCAGCUUAGCAAAGUCUUAGCAAAUGGCUUUUUGUGCAGCAACCUAACCAUCAGUUUUUACUUAUUUUGAAAUGGGACAACUUUCUGCAUAAUCCUUGUCUACCCACAUCUAGGUUUGGGUAAGCCAGUCCCACUUCCCUCUGCCAUGACCUUCUUGAGGGUAUGGCUGUUGCAAACCUCCCCUGUUAAACAUUAGCAAACAGGAAUGAG